UUUUACAUUACAUUUAAGUCAUUUAGCAGACGCUCUUAUCCAGAGCGACUUACAAAUUGGUGAAUUCACCUUCUGACAUCAACCACCGAUUUGUUUGUUCUGUGAAACAAAUAUCGCUGUUUUGAGGAUAAGUAAUUUAGCAAUAUGUUGAAAAGGGUACCCAAGACAUUAAAGUCUCUAAUGAAGAAGAAAGCCCACAUUCGUGUAGGCACAGCCGCAGAUGAAAUUGUCGAGCUGAACGUGCUGCCGUUUCUGCAUAGCCUCGCAGAAGAGGCGAGGACCAAAGCUUUUGGGGAGAAAUCUGCGACUGUAAAAGCAGUAUCCAAGACAGAGGGGCAAAUUCCUGUGGUUGCUGUAUAGACAUGACAGAUAUCAUCAUAAAACUUCUGAAACGGGCCAGAGGGUGAAGUGGAGAGACCUUUCUACAACAUGAUUCAACAACCGAUUUACAAGGCUUUUUUAAAGUCAAAUUUGUUUGAAUUAUAAAUUUAACCUGUAUUUUCUUUUAAUUUCUU